AUGGAAGAGCACGGCAGCCAAAUUGCCUUACGGCCGCUUUCGAGCCGCACAUCGGAAUCCCAGCAUAGGCCUCACAACCAGGGCGAAACGCAAGAGCAUGCUGCUCAUCAAAUACCCCUAGAUUUCGAUUCAGCUCAACCGCCACAGGAUGAAUUGCCCGUGUAUACGCGAGCCUUGCCAGAGAGUCAGGCACUUGGACGUGCUCAUAGCACAACCCUCCAUCGCUCUACAUGCGUACUAUUGAUGACAACUUACUUUGCCGCAAUGGUCAUAUACUCAUGGGUCAUUCUGGCUGUUCUGUCAUUUCACCCAGUGAGCACUCAUAGCUGGGAAGCACAUACCGACGAAUUCAAUCGCUACCCGGAAAAAAUGCCAAACUACACGAUGGAUGGGAACUUAUAUCGCUCGGCGAGAAUCAUACAAUCCAUCGCCAGCGUCUUAAUUUUACCAUUGACCUCAGCUGUCUGUGCUUAUGCAGCAGUCAUUUUUGUCCAGAAACAAAAAGAAAAUUCGAGCAUGACUAUGCGACAAGUUAUGAACUUGGCCGACCGACGUUGGAUGGAUGGAUCCUUGGUUAGGGAUAUAAUUUCUGGAAGCUGGAAGCAACACGGAAGUGCUUUUUUGGCAUUGGCUAUCUUUGCCCACUUCCUCGCUCUUGUCAUCUAUCCGAUCCAAUCGAUUGUGGUCAACACGAAGGCGCUUCGUGCUCCUAUUCAUCCAAAUGUGAUGGGUCAAAUAAGUGAUUUGGCAAAUAUGAAAACCCAAUACAACUCAUACCCUGGGCUCGACGUUGUUCAAAUCCGCAAUGCUCUUAAUGAGGCAGAUAAGCGCACAUGGCAGCCACAACUUUGGGAUGAGGGAGGCAGUCAGAAAUUUUCCACACUCGUCAACCUCUCUGCCAUGAACGAUCCUUUUUUUUCUCCAUUGCCGAACGGCUUCAAUAGUGGGCUACUCCGUCAGUAUGCACCACGGUUCAAUUCAAGUACUGCUGUUCGUAGUAUCCAGGAAAAUGAAUACCCGAAAGACUGUGAACUUGACUCGGACAACUUCUUCGCCUACUACUCACCUGUCUACGAGAGUAACCCUGGAUUUGAAUACAGUAAUAUCCUGAACUGGACGGUCUCCGCUUGUAUGCUCGCCUCAAACGUCACAUCGCCCUGGAAAGAAACCAGAGAUCGCCAAGAGUUUUUUGAGUUGCUCUAUCUUAAUAUUUCAGUUCAAGAUGGCUUAAAGGAGGUCCCGGAUACAAACCGAUUGUCCGUUGAUGGUCUUCUCGAAAUCAAACUUACUACAACUGCCGGUUACUUUGAGCUUCCAAAUUACAUGAACAAUCAGACUGCAGGGCCAUUGCUUGACAGUGAUCCAACGGUAGAUUGUGCAAAGGGUGGCUAUGGCUGUAUCGGCCAGACCGAUCAUUACUUCCACUCUAAACGAGUUAAACGUCAAGCCUCUGCACCCGGUAAUAUGACCGCCAGAUACAGCGGGGCUGUUCCGUGGGCCCCCAUGUUUACGUCAAACAAGGGACCCUUGCUGAGUACGGCACUUGCUAUCUUCGGGCCGGGGUCUUUUUUCAACACAUUCAGCGCUGAAUAUGUUUCGCUAACGUCAGCUUUGUCUGGUGCUGAUCUUUCAGCGAAUGCCCUCCGGACUAAUAGCCUCGGCACAAUAUGUGUUGGGAUUGCUCCCCUUACAAAUAUGAUGUCCACCGGAUAUCCAUCUUAUGUCGCAUCAGAUUCAUGCAUUGAGUUACAACUUGCUGCCUCUACUCGCAAUCAUUUUGCUUCUGAGGCCUUUAACACCAUGGCGUCGUGGCUGAGGGAUAUGUUUUCCGACCAUGAAAUCUUGACCAACACUAUGGAUGGUGCAGCGUUCCUUGCAAACAAGCGUCAUUUCGAACUCUUGCAGCCCUAUUACAAUGUUUACCAGGACCUUGGCUCUGAAAUUAUGGUUCCGGAUUCUAGCUUGGCCGGCGUGGCUAUCGCCUCCUCGUUCCUGGGCCUCUAUAUCCUCGUUUUGUUUGCUCUUUCAUUGUAUGGAAGUAUCUAUCCACGCUGGACUUUACGGCUGGACUCUUUCGCCAUGUUCCGUCUUGGUGCCGCUUUUGGCCAGAAAAAUUCCACGGUCCUUGUUACACGCGCAAAUCGACAUGUCAAGUUCCUUGACGAAAUUCCGGGUGUGGUUCGCGAUGUGAGUAAUAUUGCAGAUGAUGCAGUUGUGCCGAUUGGUCGAGUGGGUUUAGGGGAAGGUAAACCUUUACAGGCUGGCCGAAGAUAUGAAUGCUAUCAAGGUGACGAUGAGCCUUUGACAAUAGCAGAGAAACGGGAGAUCAACGGUCACUAUUAA